ACUCGCACACAAGAUGGUGAGGGGUAGAGACUAUAAGAAGCUGCAAAUGGUAGCGAGAGAGUCACUUCAUGAUAUCCUACUGACGUCUACAUUGACAGAAAACGUUGACUGAUAGAGUAGCAACAGCAUCUAAAGAAACUCUUCACACUUGCACCAGGACUGCACGCUAGGGCGACUUCAGUUGAUCUCUACAACGAAACCAGCUCUACUUCUUUAACUGAAAAUGCCUCUAAAGCUUACUACUGUGAUCCUUGUGUGUGUUGGUAGUUUGUUCUUGUGUGCGAGCGCUCAAAGCCUAUCACGAGACUACGGGGUGAAACUGUGCGGCAGAGAGUUUAUUAGAGCCGUUAUCUUCACGUGCGGCGGGUCCCGUUGGAAACGAUCCUUAGACGAACACUUGGAUCCCUUCCAGCCCGGUUCCUACAGUGAUGUCACAGAGGGCGAGGACAGCAGAAUCAACUGGCCUCACGGACAUGGUCUAGACCAGGCAGCAGACCACCCUCUCCAGCUCUCCUCCUCAUCCUCCCUGGCAGACCUGCUCUCACUCUUGGGCGGAGUGGGAGACCAUAGGGGGUUAAUGGUUGAUGUCAACCCCAGCGAGGGGCUUCAGAACCAGGCUUCAGCGCUGGGAGGAGUGGCCAAGAACCCGAGCAUCAACUGGCCACGCCGCGACAGACAAAAGAGGAACUUUUCCCUGGGCUUAGCUGGCAUGUGCUGUAACCAGGGUUGCACUAAGAAUGACAUUGGGCGUCUGUGCUGAGUGAGACUGGGGUAGUACAGAGGUAGUGGAGGUGGACACUGGCUGAGGGAGCUCCCCCUGUACAGAACGGAGAAUGUUGCUCAAAUUCUCCUUUCUGUACAGGGUGAGGAGAGCUCCGCCUUCUCUCUGUGUUGAUGGACUGGGUGUGAGAGACAGCAGUUUUACAUUUUAAUUUCAGUGUUUCCAGAUAAUCACAAGGUUUGGGUUGUUGAUGGGGGGAACUUUGAAAACGGCUUUGUAUACUUUUCUGUAUAUUGUGAAAGGAAAAUAGUUUACAUUUAAUUUUAAUUGCUCAAAUUUUGUCUCAUCGUUAAAUUCAUGACUUUGCUACUGAAGCAAGAGCAUCAUUGUACUUCCCUGAGAAAUAAAAUAGUUUCAAUGACAUGAAAAUGUAACAACCCACCACAAAUACCCCAUUACAAUACUGAGAAAAAAAUGUUGUGUAUGUAAAAUGUUAAACUAAUCAAAUAUCAAUAUA